GGUGUUAAGAAACCAUUCACAGAAGUUAUUAAAGCACAUAUGGGUGAUUGCCAUGCUAUGGGACAGAGACCAAUCACAUUUAUAAGACAGGUAUUGGCUUUAGUGGCUUAUCCCGCUCUAAUGGACAUACCAGGAAUUCCAGAUGAUGUCAAGGAAAGGGCUGACACAAUUUUAAAAGGUUGCAAGGGAUAUUCAGUCGGUUCUUAUUCUGAACCUACAGGACUAGCCGUCAUACGACAACAUAUUGCUGAUUACAUUGAAAGAAGAGACGGAGGUGUACCAUCUAGCCCCGAUGACAUAAUGUUAACCAGCGGAGCUACUACAGCAAUCACAGAUCUGAUGAAUUUAUUAUCAUGUAUCGUGGAUAACAAAAAACCAGGUGUUAUGGUACCUAUUCCACAAUUUUCUUUAUACUCCGCCAACAUAACCAAAUUUAAUAUGGGACAAGUUGGGUAUUACCUUAAUGAGAGCAAAGACUGGGCACUGGACAUGGAUGAUCUAAAUAGAGCUGCUCGGGAAGCUAAACAAAAUGAUAUUAUUCCACGUGUUCUUGUGGUCAUGAAUCCUGGAAAUCCGACUGGCCAAGUAUUACACAGAGACAAUAUAGAAGACAUAAUCAGAUUCGCUUACCAAGAGAAAUUGCUCAUUUUCGCGGAUGAAGUAUACCAGGAUAAUGUUUACGUUGAGGGCUGUAAAUUCCACUCCUUUAAAAAGGUUUUACGAGAAAUGGGUCCUCCAUUCGACCAAAUGCCUCUCAUAUCUUUUAUGUCAACUUCUAAAGGGUGGCAUGGUGAAUGUGGGUUGCGUGGAGGGUAUAUGGAGAUGAUAAACUUUGAUCCAGACGUCAAAGGUACUUUCUUGAAAGAUAUGGCAACCGCUCUUUGUGCUUCUGUUCUUGGACAAGCAGCCAUGGAUGCCAUCAUCAAUCCUCCCAGGCCAGGAGAACCAUCAUAUGAAUUAUUCAUGAAAGAAAAACAAGAAGUCCUCGAUUCAUUGGCAGUCCGCGCCAAACUUGUGGCGGACGCCUUUAACAGCUUUGAAGGAUUUUCCUGCAAUGUUGUCCAAGGGGCUAUGUAUGCUUUUCCAACUAUAAAAAUUCCACCAAAAGCAAUAGAAGCAGCUAAAAAGGCCGGACAGGCUCCCGAUGUUUUCUACGCAUUCGAACUUUUAGAAAAGACUGGAAUUUUAAUUGUGCCCGGAACUAGCUUUGGACAAAAGCCAGGAACUUACCACAUGCGAACUACAAUUUUGCCACAGACUGAUAAAUUGAAGGAGAUGAUGAACAAAUUUGCAAAUUUCCACAAAGAUUUUGUGGCGCAAUACAGCUAAACUAAUGUACCUGCAGCCAUUGGCGAAACAACUCACGAAAUUAUAAGUAUCUAAUUGUAAGUGAAAUCAAC